AUGAAGAGCGUCCCGUCUCUGGUCGGUGCUGUCCUGCUCCUGGUCCAUCUGCAGGCCAGCUGGCAGCUUCCUCUGCUGGAGGCCGACGACAGGUCAAGUUUAGAGGCCGAAACCGUGGCGGCGGACGAGCCGAGGGGAGAGGCGGACGCGAAGAGACAUUCGGAGGGGACUUUCUCCAACGACUACAGCAAAUACCUGGAGGACAGGACGGCGCAGGACUUUGUCCGCUGGCUGAUGAACAACAAGAGGAGUGGCGCCGCGGCAAAGCGCCACGCGGACGGGACCUACACCAGUGACGUCAGCUCCUACCUCCAGGACCAGGCCGUCAAGAACUUCGUCGCCAUGCUCAAAUCUGGACAAGCUGGCACAGCGUCCCAUCUUGAAAUGCACAGGGAGGCGCUCAGCAGGAGACACGUAGACGGGAGCUUCACCAGCGACGUGAACAAGGUUCUGGACUCCAUGGCUGCAAAGGACUAUUUACUCUGGGUCAUGACCUCCCAGCCCUCAGGAGAGGUAAUGGGGACUACAACAGAGACAAGGCCAACAUCAUCAUCUCGGCCUCGUAACGUUCAGCAGGAGGCCCACUGCAGGUCCCCGCCGGCGUCCCUCGGCGUGCUGCACACCUUAACGGAAUAG